AUGAACAGAAAAUCCCAUGCCGACAAGAGUACGUAUGACGGACCUCGCAUGAGUGCUUUUUAAACACCUCAAUCCUUCCGUCUUUGUCACUCCCACCAAAGUGGAAUCUAACAACCAUGGUUCCAGAGUUGCCGAAACGUACGCACAUGGAGUCUCUAGGACAACUAAUCACACGCGCCGACAAAUUCUGCAAUCACUCAAUCAGCUGGCCGAGCUGACACUGGCCGACUCCCACGUGACAUUUACUCAUUCCCACGCACACUGCCAUAGCAGACGGGCGUGCCCACGCUCAGAGCCGCGCUGUAGUUAGGGCUCUGACCAUCACCAAUCUUCUGUACAAAAAACGCCAAUCGAGCCGAUGCUUCUCCCCUUCUCCCUCAAAACAUUACUGGAUCAUUAUUAUCGUGACAACCUGCGUACCACUCAUCACUUAGAAUCUACCCCGACAAUGUGCUUGUAAUGUUGUAACGGUCUUUCACACCAUCUGCUGUGUCUUCUUCGGAUACCACUCCAAGUAGAAAUACACUGCAAAGACUGGUAGUUAUAAUGACUUUGCAUUUUAUCUCUAGUGUAAUGGCGGUGGUGAUUUUUGUUGCUUCUGCGGUAGCAGUAGUAGUAGUAGUAGUAGUAGUAGUAGUAGUAGUAGUAGUAGUAGUAGUAGUAGUAGUAGUAGUAGUAGUAGUAGUAGUAGUAGUAGUAAUAGUAGUAGUAGAUAACAAGGAUAACAAACAGCUCACUUGGAGAAGACCCUAUCUUUUGUAUGAAGUACAAAAUUUGUACGAAAACCAGUGGUUUUCCUUGUUUGUGUGGGCUUGUAAUGACUAGCCAAGUCAUGACUGUCCUAGACCUAGACGCACGCAUCCCGAUGAUGUCGAGUAACUCUAUGGACUGCGCUUCAUCGGCGCGGUUAUUCAUAUCAGUCAGCUACGUACUAGUAAUGUUUGAGGAAGUUUGGAUGGGUAAAUUACACCAAUGGAAAAACUGUCAUUUCUUGACAUUUGAACGAAUGGAUGCUUGGGUUUUUAUGAUGGCAAACGAGGUCUGUGUAAUUGUUGCAUGUUCUCUUGUUGCGCUGUUUCUGGAUUUUCAAUAUCUGAAAAUGGCAUCUAGAGAAUUUGAAAGGUUUGAUGUGUCUAUUUAAUGGAACGAGUCAAAAGACGAAAUGCUCUUUUAUGUUCUGUAGUAAUGUGUUGGGAAUUUUUACAGUGAACAUAAGGCAGAAAUUGACGGCUGAAACAUUUAGUAGGAUAAUCACCGUACAUACAUCAGUUCCUCAAUUCUAAUGUCCAGGGUCCCACACUUAAGGUCCCGAGAUUAUUUGGUUGUCAUGUUUCACUGCUUGACCUCUGGCGCCAGUGUAAACAGGCUUCUUGCGAGGUUCCGGUACCGAAACAUCGCGUAUUGCCUGGUGGUGUGUCAACUGUUGAUUUAUGUACGCGUAAGACUGAUUUGCGGCAGGUCGGUCCCCAGUACUACGUGAAAACUUGAUAAUAGAAACAAUGCAUCGACACAGGGACAUUUUAGAAUGUCUAAGUAAACGCUUUUGGUGUGUUGUUCCCGGAAGCUUCAGAUAAAUUGGGUGUCCCAAAGUAAUGGGUACUGGGGUUCAAACACAUUCGCCCGAAAUUCAACCACAAAAUCUUGAGGGCUGUCGUACAUCAUUUUUGAUUAAUGACUGGUGCAUAAAGCCUGUUUAUGGGCGCUAACAGGACUCAAAGAACCCCCUCUCAUCCUGCGACAAAUCAUACAAAAAUGCAAUCUAAUGUGUGGUGAUUCAUCAACUGAUACCAACGGAUGAUUUGGACUCUCCGUGCGGCACGUUGGGCGUCAUCCGUGUGAUUUUAACAGGAGUACUAGAAUGGUAGGGGUGCAAGGACGUAAGGGUGUAAGGGUGCCCAAUUUUACGUUUACGUGAUGGUCAUAGCAGGCAGCACACUUGCUUGCAAACGUUGACUACGCCUAGCGUCCAUUAACUGGCACCCAACUCUCGGGUGGGAUUUCACGAAGCUAGGUCCUUCUUACCGGCCACAUCCCCGUAACCGCCUCGACCAGCGGACUAAGCCAUGUUACGUUAUCAGCGUUGUGUGUACCCCUAAGCCCACUGACGCUACUUCCCCUCUCAUCCCUCCUAGCGUUCCCAUCCCACUACCCCCACUUCAAAGUCCUAUGGAGAAGGCGAGUUCCACCGCAGGUUGGACGCCAACUACCUCGUCAUCCCCAAGAAGAGGCUCCGUCUGUAACCCGUAGGAGGCCGCAAAGUAAGUUAUCACCUGUAAGUCAAAUACCGUUUUGUCGAAUUUGGCUGCUCACGGUUUACAUUUCUACAAUAAGUUAGCUGAAAGAUGGAAAGGGUCUUCGUGUUGUGUCCCCAUACCCGAUAUGACUACCCCUUGCCCAAACCCCUCCCUCAUCUCCCCUCCUUCUUUCCCUCCCCCUCCCCCUCCACACACCUUCUUAUAAUGCUUUCUCUUCUCUCCAUUAUAUUCUCUUCCCCCACCAUCGAAAAGUCCUUUGGCGAGUGUGACAUGUAAUCACGUAGAUGGCACGGGUUAAUCGGGUCGUUCUCCUGCUCGACCAAUCUGUGAUCCAUGGUUGAGUUCAGCUGCCAUCUGGGACGACUUAGCAGCCCUCUUUAGGGACUGCGCCGCUUACCUCCUCGUGGAGGAAGGGCUUGAAAAGGUUUCCCAAACGAAUGUUGGGUUCACGAUACCUGUGCACAGACCGUUUUUCGAAGACUGCAAUACGUGCGGCUUAAACACUCAAAACUACAGUAACAAGCCCUGUCCCCACUUCCAUUGCACCACCCUUUAGAUUGCUAGAGCGGGCCGGCUUGCUUUGGCAGCCCGGAAUUUUCGUUCCCUUUUAGACAAUCCGGUGAGCAACCGGCCGGAACUAAAGACGACGUUUGUCGCUCGGGAACUGUUGCGUUAUAAGGUGGCAUCAAAGCACUCAGCGAGACCCAUUUCUCCGAACAAGGCCAACUGGAAGAGGUGGGUGACGGUGAGCCGCAUGUCUUUUCUGCCAGCGGGCAUCGAUGGUCGCCUGCCUCUUCGAUGAGACAAUAUUGCCACCAUUUUCAGCGUCUACGUCUCCUCUGAUGGCCAGCUUUAGUGCGGAAAUAACAAAUUCUACGAGGACCUGCACGGCCUUCUGUCGACUGUGCUAAAGGCAGAUAAGUUAAUUGUCCUUGGUGACUACAACGCCCUCAUCGGCAUAAACCAUGCUGCCCAGAGACGAGUGCUGAAUCUCCAUGGUUUUGACGGUUCCAAUGGCAAUGGCCUGCUCCUACUAACCUGCGAAACACACCGCUUCAUCCUGACCAACGCCUUCUUCCGCCCCCCGAUGCGAGAGAAGGCCAUCUGGAUGCACCUUCGGUUGCGAAACUGGCACCUGCUGGACUACGUCCUUGUCCGGAGGCGAGACCAGCGGGGCUGGCUGGUGACAAAGGCGAUUCCGGGAGCCAACGAGUGGACUCACUAUCGUUUCGUCAUCUCCAAGAUGCGGAUUCCUCUGCAGCCUCGCGAGAGACCUCAAGGCAUGCGACCACCGGUCAAGAUGAAUACUCUCUUGUCGGAUGUCCCUGCUCACCAUUUCCCUUUCAGCAACGAGUGGACUCAGCGACUGGCCAACUUUCCAGUCGCCGUCGAUAUGGACGCCUUCGUGGAGAAACGAUUGUGCCAAAUGAAGGACACAGUACAGUCGACCGCCCCGGACGUCUUCGCCCACACACGUUGUCAGCACCAGGGCUGGUUCAACGACAGCGACGCAGCCAUCAGCAAUCUGCUUGCCGAGGAUAACCGACCGCACAAAGCCUACAUCGACCGCUCUACUGAGGACAACAAACCAGCCUUCUACCGAGUUCACCGCCUUGUGAAACGAUGA